UGCACACAACAAACAGAAUGUUCGCUGUUUCGUUAGUACCUCGUACGACAACGUGCCGUUUAACCUCUGCGUUUCUUUGCCACCUCUCGAUUCCCUCUCCCUCACCACGGCUCCACCAUCUCCACUACCAGCAGCAGCCACAUCUUCCGUCUCUCUCUUCUUCUCAGUUUCAGAUUCGUUCGUUCAGAAAACAGAUCGACAUGGCAGCUCCUCCAGUGAUGAAGCAAAAGACAGGGGGAGGUUCGUACGAGGAAGCGUUGGCUGCUUUGUCUUCUUUGAUAACGAAGCGAAGUCGUGCUGAUAAGAGCAAUAAAGGAGAUCGCUUCGAGCUUGUCUUUGAUUAUCUUAAGCUACUCGAUCUGGAAGAAGACAUGUUAAAGAUGAAAGUUAUCCAUGUCGCUGGUACCAAAGGCAAGGGAUCCACAUGUGCCUUUACUGAGUCUAUUUUACGAAACCAUGGCUUCCGAACCGGACUCUUCACUUCACCUCACCUCAUUGAUGUCCGCGAAAGGUUUCGCUUGGACGGUGUGGACAUUAGCGAGGAGAAAUUUUUGUGUUAUUUCUGGUGGUGCUAUAACAGGCUUAAGGAGAGAACUAACGAGGAGAUACCAAUGCCUACAUAUUUCCGCUUCCUUGCGUUGCUAGCUUUUAAAAUCUUUGCUGCAGAAGAGGUAGAUGCUGCUAUAUUGGAGGUAGGGUUAGGCGGGAAGUUUGAUGCCACUAAUGCGGUUCAUAAACCUGUGGUAUGUGGUAUUUCUUCGCUCGGAUAUGACCACAUGGAGAUUCUAGGUGAUACGCUUGGCAAAAUUGCUGGUGAGAAGGCUGGGAUUUUCAAGCUUGGAGUGCCAGCUUUCACAGUACCCCAACCUGAUGAAGCCAUGCGUGUCCUUGAGGAGAGAGCUUCCGAAUUAGAUGUGUCUCUGGAAGUGGUGCAACCACUAACCGCAAGGCAGUUAAAUGGUCAGAAACUUGGGCUUGAUGGGGAGCACCAAUACUUCAAUGCUCGUCUAGCAGUCUCGCUUGCCUCUACUUGGCUUCAGCAAAUUGGUAAAAUUGAAGUCCCUAGUAUGACUCAGAUGAGUAUUCUUCCUGAGAAAUUCAUCAAAGGGUUAGCUACAGCGAGUUUGCAAGGACGAGCACAGGUCGUCCCUGACCAGUUUAUUGAAUCUCGGACUUCAGGAGAUUUAGUGUUUUAUCUGGAUGGAGCUCACAGUCCAGAGAGUAUGGAAGUAUGCGCCAAAUGGUUUUCGGAUGCGGUUAAGGGAGACAACCAGUCAGAGAGUUCUAAACAUUUGGUUAAUGGCUCCUCAGGUUCCUCUCAUGGUAAAUCGUCAGGAGAAGAAAACUGCCAACAGAUAUUGUUGUUCAAUUGUAUGUCAGUUCGGGACCCAAAUCUUCUGCUUCCACAUCUAAGGAAUACAUGUGCAGCCUACGGUGUCAAUUUCAAGAAGGCAUUGUUUGUACCAAACAUGUCUGUGUAUCACAAGGUUGGUUCAGCGGCGGAUUUGCCAGAGAAUGAUCCACAUGUUGACUUGUCAUGGCAGAUGACACUCCAGAAAGUGUGGGAAAGCCUUGUCCACAGUGAGAGAGAAGUAGAUAGUGAAAGUAGUGAGGUGUUUACUUCACUGCCAAUGGCAAUAAAAUGGUUAAGGGAUAGUGUCCAUGAGAGUAGCUCAGGCACACGUUUGCAGGUUCUUGUAACUGGUUCGUUACACCUUGUAGGCGAUGUACUGAGAUUAAUCAGAAAAUGAAGGUAAAACAAAACACAUUGUCAUCAUUAUUCAAAUCACACACUAAAUCACCGAAGCCACAGCCGGAAGAAGAUGGCCUUUGUUAUGAACUCUUUAUCUGUAUUAUUUCGAUUUUUACUUUUCCACAUAUAGAUUUUCUUUCAAAGGAACAGAUUCACAAGUGCUAGCUUGAUUUAUUUCUUUCAAAAAUGAAAAUCAGUUGAACCAGGGGGCCCCUGUUCAGUAUCAUGAGAUUAGGGUGAAAACACAAACAAUCAUAUGCUAAACGUAUUGAAAUAAAAAUUUGUUUCAAUGUAUG